CGUGCAAAGCAAAGCUCCCGCGUGCGACGAAUGCUUUUUAUUUUUGUUUCGAAAAUUGUUCACUGCACCAAGGAGGUGUAAAGCUUUUACGGAGAUUUAGAGAUGGCGUCCAUGGCGAUCGGCGUCAGUUUCUCGAUAAUUAGCGGGAUAGGAGGAGGAGGAGAUGGCGUUAAUCAAGUAGCGACGGCUUCACGGACAACACUGAAGCUGAAUCAGAAGUACACACAAACCGAGAGUACAUGCAGGUUUUUGGGGAUGAAGAAGUAUCGGGGAUCCGGAGCUAUACGAACCGUCUCGAAGGCGGUAGUUGACGGAGAGGAGAUGAGUAGGAGAAAUCUGAGAGUGGGACUCAUUUGCGGAGGUCCGUCGGCGGAGCGUGGGAUUUCUCUCAACUCUGCUAGAUCAGUUCUCGAUCAUAUUCAGGGUAAUGGUAUAAGCGUGAGCUGCUAUUAUAUAGAUCCUGACCUCAAAGCUUUUGCAAUUUCCUCCGCCCAGUUGUACUCAAAUACUCCGGCAGAUUUCGAUUUCAAGCUGGAGAGUCUUGCACAGGGAUUCUCAUCGUUAUCCGGAUUGGCUGAGCAUCUUGUUUCCGCUGUGGACAUUGUGUUUCCAGUAAUUCAUGGUCGAUUUGGUGAAGAUGGUGGCAUUCAGGAGCUGUUGGAAAGUCACAACAUUCCAUUUGUGGGGACCGGAUCCCGUGAAUGUCGUCGAGCCUUUGACAAGUAUGAAGCCUCUUUGGUGCUCAGGGACUAUGGGUUCAUGACAGUACCAAACUACUUGGUGCAGGGAACUGACGUAGACGAAAGUGAAAUAGCACAAUGGUUUACAGAUAACCAGCUGGAUCUCAACAUGGGAAAAGUCGUGGUAAAACCAGCUAAAGCAGGUUCAAGUAUUGGUGUCAAAGUUGCUUUUGGUGUAAAGGAUUCAGUUAAAAAGGCUAUCGAACUAAUCCGAGAGGGAAUUGAUGAUAGGGUUGUUGUUGAGGUUUUCAUUGAAGAUGCAUAUGAGUUCACUGCCAUCGUCCUGGAUGUAGGUUCUGGUUCUGUUUGCCAUCCUGUUGUACUGAUGCCUACUGAGGUGCAACUUCAGUUUCAUGGCAGUAGUGAUCCAAAGGAAGACGCAAUCUUCGACUAUCGGAGGAAGUAUCUGCCGACACAGCAGGUCACCUAUCACACUCCUCCGCGUUUCCCUAUCCAUGUUAUCAAAAGGAUUCGUGAAGAGGCAUCUCUUAUAUUUCAAAAGCUUGGUCUACGUGACUUUGCUCGCAUUGAUGGAUGGUAUCUGGCUCCCAACUCAAAUUUAUUAUCAUCUGCAAGUGAAAGGCUUGGAGGACCCGAGUCAGGGGAUAUUAUAUGCACAGACAUCAACCUGAUAAGUGGCAUGGAACAAACUAGCUUUUUCUUCCAGCAGGCUUCUAAGGUUGGGUUUUCUCACUCAAACAUUUUACGAACAAUCGUCCACCGAGCUAGCUCGAGGUUUCCCGAUCUUUCUUGGUAUAAUAAUGGGUAUAGUCAAUUACUCCAAGGUUCAACAGACCUGGAAAUCUCUGGGGACGUCCAGAAAGUGUUUGUCAUAUUUGGAGGAGAUACUUCAGAGCGGCAGGUGUCCGUCAUGAGUGGAACGAAUGUCUGGAUCAAUUUGCAAAGAUUUGUAGAUCUCAAUGUAACUCCCUGUUUGCUUUCCCCUUCACUUAGCAACUCAUCAGGAACAUCUUCAAACUUGGACAAUAAAGAAGUCUGGGCUUUGCCCUAUUCAGUUGUGCUAAGGCACACUGCUGAGGAAGUUCUUGCAGCGUGCUUAGAAGCAAUCGAGCCUGAUCGGGCUCUAUUUACAUCUCUGCUGCAGAAGCAAGUGAUGGAGGAUCUUAUGGCUGGUUUGGGGAAUCAAAGCUGGUUUGCAGGGUUUGAUAUAACAGAUGAUCUACCCAGGAAAUUCUCGUUGAAAGAGUGGAUCAAGCUUGCCAAGAAAGCUCAAGCAACUGUUUUCAUUGCAGUGCAUGGAGGAAUUGGGGAAGAUGGUACGCUACAGGCCAUGCUGGAGGAUGAAGGAGUUUCUUAUACAGGUCCAGGCGUACUAGCCUCAAGGACUUGCAUGGACAAGGUUACGACAUCUCAGGCUCUUAGUCAGCUUUCAGAAUUUGGAAUUCAUACCAUAAGCAAAGAUGUGAAAAGAACAGAGGAUAUAAUGCAUGAGAACAUCCCAAAUGUUUGGAAUGAAUUGAUCAACAAGUUUCGGUGUCUCACACUAUGUGUUAAACCAGCAAAGGAUGGAUGCUCCACUGGUGUUGCAAGAUUAUGUUCCUCUGAAGACCUUGCUGUAUAUGUACAAGCUUUAAAAGAUUGUCUACCAAGGAUUCCUCCAAACACUCUUUCUAAGUCACAUGGAAUGAUUGAGAUGCCAAAUCCUGCUCCAGAGCUCUUGAUUUUUGAACCAUUUGUUGAAACCAAUGAAAUCAUAAUUUCAUCCAAAGCCAAGCAGCAGCUCUCUUGGAAAGGACUGAGGCGGUGGGUUGAGAUUACUGUGGGUGUUAUCGGAAAGCGUGGGUCAAUGCAUUCGCUGAGUCCUAGUCUUACUGUCAAGGAAAGUGGCGAUAUAUUGUCUCUCGAGGAGAAGUUUCAAGGAGGCACUGGCAUAAAUCUUACUCCACCUCCACCAACAAUCAUGAGUAAGGAAGCUUUGGAGAAAUGCAAACAAGGCAUUGAGCUGAUUGCAGAAACUCUCGGGUUAGAAGGGUUUUCACGGAUCGAUGCUUUUGUGCAUGUUGAAACCGGAGAGGUACUGGUUAUAGAGGUGAACACAGUUCCUGGAAUGACUCCUUCCACUGUUUUAAUCCAACAGGCAUUAGCAGAGCAGCCCCCAAUGUACCCUCCUCAAUUCUUUCGGACUCUGCUCCAUCUUGCUACACAUAGAGUCCAGUGAGUUUUCUUCUUUAUUUUCCAAGUGUUGUACAUAGUAAAAUACACUGUGUUUGUCAUAUUAUUAAAAUAAACAAGUCAUGUAAAUAUGCUUUUAAUUUUUUGAGUGGCUUUCAUGUUUUUGAUCUCCGGUUGGAGUUUUUUCA